GGUGGUUAAAAGGCCACUGGAACAAUGCUGAUGCGGUGGGAAGGCAGGAGGAGGGGAAGGAGUUGGGGUGUCCGAGGAGAGGAGCCGCGGCCAUCCUGGACCCCAUGGGAGCGUCCCAGCUGGGCAAUGGGGACCUGUUCCUGCUGGGUCUGUGGUGCUGCCGUGGUCCAUGCAGGUGACAUCAGGUCCUCCAAAAUCGCUGCUCCGGCUGCAGCAUCCACAGAGGGCUUACAGCAGCCAUCCUGGGCGAAGGGACACGGCCACCCUGGGGUCCCGAUGGCACUGGGAUCCGUGCCUGUCAAUGCAAACCUAUGGGUAGACACAUAUAAACUGAUUUUAAUUGAAAAGUUUCUUAAGGGGUAAGAAGCCAACCUGAGACUGAGCUCCCCGAAGCUGCCUGCUCCCCCUCGGGGAUGCUCGUGGCUCUCCCAGUGCGUGGGCAGGAGGGGCAGUGCCCAGUCUGGGCUCCCCGAAACCUCCCCCCGUUGGUGUGUGGCACAGCCACAGCCACUUCUGAGUCACCCCCAUUGCUGGCAGACCCAGUGCCUGUGCUGGAGGCACUGAUCGCGGGUGGGUGGAAGCAGCUCCGCAGCCACACAGGUGCUUCGGGCUCAGGAGAAAUGGAAAAUGGCAAAUAAAGUCCCCGCGCCCUGCUCGGAGCAGGACCUGACCCCCACCCGCAGCCCCUCACUGCUGCUCUAGGCCUUCUUUCUGCCCCACAAGCUUUGGGGUACCCCUGCUGUGCAGUGCUGGUGGGUCAUAGAAUCGUGGAGUUCAUAGAAUUAUAGAAUCAUGGAAUCAUUUAGAUUGGAAGGGACCUUUAAGAUCAUCGAGUCCCCACGGGCCCCACAGCCCCCAGGGGUUUUGUGUGGGCAAAGCUGGGAGCAAUGGGGCUGGCGGAGCCCCGGGAGGGAGUAAUGAGGAGGAAAAUCCCAUUUCACUGAGCUGGCUCAGUUCUGGGAGGGGAUGGUGAGCGGGGACAAAAGUGCCCUGGGCAGGCUCAGUGCCCAGUGUGAGGGCUUGGGGACAGCAGGGACGGACGGACGGAGGAGGGACAGGAAAGCGUGACCGGCAGCGUGUGCUGGGAGGGAAACGCAGGGUCCUGCUCUCCCGGCCCUGUAAAGCCUCCUGUAUCCGGCCAGGGCAAGGGGGCCACGUUUGGGACCCACAGGGUUGAGGACAGGCUGGUGGCCCGUGUCAGGGCUGGGUGGCUUUGGCAGGUGGCUCUGCCCCUGGAAGGGGAGGAGGCUGGGCGGCACUCCCAGCUCGGCCGGCAUCCCUCGCUGCCGCCCCGCGAUGCUCCAGUCCUGGCUCAGCCUGGCAGCAGCGCAGGCAGGGAGGGCACCCUGGGCUGGGCGAGGACAUGGAGGAGGACAACCGGACGGAGACCUGGCACCAAAGCCUCCAGGCGGUGCUUAAUGCCUUGAACCAGACGCUGCACGGGGUCAUCCUCUGCCCCGCCGACCGCCCUGCCGCCACCAGUGCUGCCACCCGCAAUGCCAGCACCCGCGCCAGCCGUGCUGGCCGCAACGACAACGCCUACAUGUACAUCCUCUUCGUCAUGACCCUCUUUGCCGCUACAGUGGGGAGCCUCAUCCUGGGCUACACCCGCUCCCGCAAAGUGGACAAGCGAAGCGACCCCUACCAUGUCUACAUCAAGAACAGAGUCUCCAUGAUCUGAGCCUGGCCCCCUACGCCUUGUCCCUUGGGAGCCGGUGGGUUUGGGGGUCACGUCGCUGCUGUGCAUCCCGCUGCUUGCGGGAUGAGGCAGCGCUGACGGCCAGCCCGGCCCCAAAGCUGCUGGGAACCCCCCUCGGUGCCCCCAUGGAGGUGCUCAGCCCCAGUGUGAGCAGCGUGGGGAUGUCCUGGCUGGGCCACGGCUCCUGUCUGGCAGGAGGUGGCAGGGUGCGACCCAUGGGCAGGUCCCGGUCCCGCAGGCCCACCUUGGCUGAGCCCCGGCGGGACGGGGAUGACAGAGGCAGCUCCUCUCCCACCGUGGCCUGAAGAGGCUGGCAGGGGUCUUCAGGAAGAAAAAUUGACCGUUUCCCCAGACAGAUCAGGCAGCGUUGACCUCCGUGGGCUGCCAGCAUCUUCGUGACAUGGGCUAGUGAGCUUUUCUGGUGCUAAAACCCUGUAAUUUUUGAGCCGGGCUGGGCCCCGCUUUUCUGGUGGGGAAUUAAAAGAGGUGGCGGUUUCCAGUAGGGUCGUGUUUGCUUCUUCUCCGAGUAAAGUCUGCGCUGGGGGAUAUCCAUGGGUGCCCUGCCCUGGCUGCCAGAGCCCAGGGGAUGCUGUGAGGGCUAAACCUGCUCCCUGGACAUCAAGGGCAACCCCGUGGUGGCAUCACAGCCCGCGUCCCAGAAUACGAGAUGCUUUCUCCCUGCUGCCGGCCGGGGAGCAUUGCUAGAACAGCGGCACAACGCUGCGAGCAUGGCCCGAGCCUGGCCGGAGGCAUCCGGCUCUGCGCGUCCUCGAAGGUCUCUCUGGGCUCCGGUCGGUGAUGCCGAAGUUUUUCCUGCUUCCUUCCUGCUGUCGGCUGUAGCUUUGGCCUUUUGUACUGCAGGUCCCAAAUGUGUUUUCCACGGGGCGAGGGCGCAGCGGCGGACGGGAAGGGGAUGUUCUCAGGUCCUGCUGGGCUCCUUGGCUUCAUCUCCGCUAUUAAACUGGCCGUGUUUGGGACUGGUCUGUGGAGUGGCCAGUGUCCAGGACAGUAAACGUCCCCGUCCUUCAAAACAGGCUGUGGGGCAGUGCUGGUGACCCGGUCCCUCGCACGUCUUAACCUGUUAAUAAUGGCAUAAUUAAUAUCUUUAAUUGCAGCUAGAUUAGCUGACCCAUAGGGGCCUUUCCACCUGCGUUCAAAGGUUAAACACGUCUGUGAUGCCUGAGCCCAAACAGUGACGCCAAACCCUAAUCCAAAAAAUAAUACUCGAUGUGAGCGUUUUUAGGGUAGGGCUGGAAAUCUUGGCACUGGCGGCACCAGGACGGCAGCAGCUUGGUGACCAAUUCCUGAUUUCCCAUGCCCUUGGCUUGGGCACAAAAGCCAGGACAGGGGAUUUUGGGGAGCCCUUGGGGGUGCUUGCUCUGGGGCUGAGCCUGCUGUAGUUUCUGAGAUGGGUGUGUGGUGCCAGCGGGGCUUUCCAAGGGUGCGGGGACAAAUGCCACCAAUGUGCCCCGGCGCCUGGCCCAAGCGGGAAGUAGCUCAAGAGGCUUUGCUGUGUUUGUUUUGCAGUUGCAGCGCUGGGAAAGGAAAAUAAACCCUUUAUCUGCAAAUAAAUCGGGGGAAUCAGGCCAGGAGGGGACAGCCGAGACAGCAACCCUCUGUCAGGCUGGUUUGUGUAAACACACACCGCGCUGCAAUUUUCUCCAUCUCCCCGGUGUUUGUCCUCCUCUAAAACCAGCUCCUCUGGCGGGAUGAGCCGCAGAGCAGCCGCUCGUGCCAGGGCCAGAAUGGGGGUCCCCGUGAUGGGACAGGUGCUAAACGGUGAGUGUGGUACCCCAAAACCCUGAGAUGAUGUGGUCUUCUUGCCUCUCCUGAUGGCCGCUGGCCCUCCUGGGAGAGGGGGAGGCUGGCAUGGAUCUAGUGACCCCAGAGUCCUUUCUGCUGCUAUGACCGGGGUGGGACAAGUCUGUUACAGGGUGGAACAUCAUAAAUAAAUUUAAAAUGCUGCUUUCUCCUAAUCCAGAAGACCCUAAGGGGGAAAAACGCUCCUGCAAGACACAGCUCCUGUGGUGAUAGUUAUUCACACGAUUUCCUGCCCAUCGGCAGCUCCUCCUGUCUGUCCCCACCAUUAAAUUCUGACCAGAGCCUGCAGCAGGGCUGGGGGGUGCCCUGCGUGCCCCACUCUGGGGCCUCGGGCUAGAGGCCACCGGGCUGGGUGACAAGGUGCCAGUGCCACCUUGUGGCAGCUGCCUCAGAGUCCCUGUGCCACAGGCACCUGCUCCUUCCCCGGGGCACCCUGAGAUCCCCGGGGCCAGAAUAGAUGGACUUGUCCCUAGGGAACCCAUGGCUCCAGGCUGGCUGGUGUCCCCUUGGAACCCAUGACUCCAGGCUGGCUGGUGUCCCCUUGGGACCCAUGGCCCCAGGCUGGUUGGUGUCCCUAUGGGACCCAUAGCUCUGGGAUGGCUGGUGUCCCUAUGGGAUCCAUGACUUCAGGCUUGCUGGUGUCCCCACGGGACCCACAGCUCCAGAUUGGGUUGAAGAGCUCAUCCUCAGCAGGGGGUUACAAUGGGCUACUAAGGAUGCUCGGAGGGGUAUGAAAACAGGUUGUUAUGGGGAGGACAGCUUUGGGGGCCUCCUGAAAUGGGUUUGCUUCAGUUGAUGGAGAAAGGAUUUUGAGACUAAUUAGAUGCUCAUCCCAGAGCUCAGAGAUUCCUCAUCAAAGCUGAUGGGGCUCUGGCCUGGCUCCUUGUGCUGCAGGAACAGACGAUUUCAGAAUAACACUCAUGCGGUUUGUGUAAAUAACAAGGAAACACACUCAGGCACAGAGAGACGAGAGCUGGGGAAGUGGUAGCCUUGGCUGAAUCCCUAAAUUCAACCAUGAAAAUCAUAGCUGACUACAUUAGGAUUUAAAGCAAUGCAGCUAGUAAAAAAAAAGGGCUCAUGGGAGGCCAAUUUAUUUAAGAUUUUUUUUUUUUCUUGGCACGCAGCCAUGAAUCGCGGGCGAGAUGGUGUCUGUAGCGUUUUGGUCCUUGGAAAAAGAUAUGGAAAAAGAUAUUGAAACAUCAUGUGCAUGGGAAGUUCAGGCUGACCUUGGCUUAGUGAAUCAAUGGUAGGAUUGUCGGAGCGAUGGAAAUUGCGGAGGCCUGUUCCUGGGACUGCUUUGAUGCUGGGCAUUUCGAUAAGAAAUGUGCAAGGUGAAACAGUGGCUAUGCAGGGACUGAUAGCGAUGGUAUCGCCGAGCGAUGCCAGCGGGUAUCAGUAAAUGUUUAGCUAACAGCAUGAGGGAACCGGCAGUUUGUGGUGUACUGGUUUUGGCAGGUGAGUAUGCGGCAGAGUGGGACUGAGGUGUGUUCAAGGGGAGCUGCUUCUCCGAGAGAGCGGUCAGUGCUCGGUGGGAGUCCGGUGCUGCUGACAGGGCGGGCGUGCAGGGGAGGAGAGGGCUGCUGGCCUGGGAAGGGCACACUGCUCUCCCACCAGGCGUGCUGAGCCAGGCUCAAGGGCACAAACGCUUAUUAGCAGCCCGCGGUAGACAGGGCUCAUGAUGGGGAAAGUUAAUCUUGCGAAACAUUAAAAAAAAAAAGGGAGGGAAAGGGAAAGCGGUCCCAGUUCAUGGCAGGGCAGAGAAGCGCUGGACGAGCAUCCCCUGCACUGCAGUGAACGGACAUCAAACGAGCAUCCCCUGCACUGCAGCAGAUGGACACCAAACAAGCAUCUUCCGCGUUGCAGGGGGGGUUUCCCCUGUACUUCCCUGUGGUAACUUCCCCAGUCCCCUCUCGCCCUCACUGUUGGCCCUUCUUGCUGGUUACGCUCUUUGUGCUGGCUGGAGCACACUGUAAACUGGGGCAGGUGCUGCAGCACGAUUUGGCUGGUAGAUUUGGUGCAUAGGUACCACUGGGUGACGUUUAUUUGCUAUUUAAAUGACUCUCAGCUACUAAGGAGUUUCAAUGAGCUCUGUUUGUCCCAUGCAGAGAGCUACAACUAAAUGCUACAAAGCAAGAGGUGGAAAAGCCGGGGAGGGGAUUAAGGGCAGUUCAUGCAUCAGUGGCAAUCGCUGCCCACAAGAAACGGGAUAUGAAGGUGUAACGAUGUCCUGGCUGCACAGGCACAGGGCUGUGGGGCUCAGCGCUGCAGGUAUCGGAUGAAAACCUGGCACCACAGUUCACAGCAUCCUACGGAAACAUGAGCAAUUUCAAGCAACGACAUUACUUAUUUGUUAUUGCCCAUCUUCCUCCGGAGGGAGAGCAGAGGUGAUGUCCUCCUGCAAGGUAACUCAGUUGGCCCUGCUCAGAGAUGGGGUUGGCCAUUGCCUGUGCUGCCUUAAAAGGAUUUUCUGGGAGGUGACAAGAUCCUUAUUACAGGAACAGGGCUGCUCCUGGACACACAAGCUCUUCCUUCACAUCAGAAACCCUCAGUGCACAAAACACAUCCAUUUCUUCUGAACACAUCUGUUCAUCUCACCAAAGAUGAGAUAUUCCUCAACCUGCCUUGCUGACAGCCCUGUGGUGUCACGGCUGGAGUGACACCCUUGUUCAGAGGCAUGAGAGAAAUUAAAGUGACUUAAACCAAAGAAUCUGACCCGUUUGGAAGCUCUGCAGGAAUUGCCAUACCUGGUUGGUCACUUGAAGUCCUCCAUGGCUCUCUUUGUUUUCUGUCAUCCUGCUGCAAGAGAUAUCUGUCCAUCUGAGUUGCCUCUCUCACUGCGGUCUGGUAUCAGAUGCUUUAAAUAAAG